GGUUGAUGUGAUGAAAGAUAUUCGUGAGCGGAAGUAGUAUUAAAUCUUGCCCCCAUGUGUUCCUCUGAUGUGGUUUCAAAUUCGGAUCAAAUCCAGCGCAAAAGUUAACAAGAAGAUGCAUUGCUAAAAAUAUAAGUUAACAAGAAAAAAGAGAGCAAAAAAAAAAGGGAAAAAAGCCAACAGGUAGAGAAAUAAGCUUGUUUAUAGUUUUUUUUUUUUAAGUAGACUUUAAAGAAGAAAAAAAACAACAAAAACAAAAACAAAAAAAAUGAAUGGCGGGGGAAAUGGAAAGAAAGAAGUUUGUCUUUGAGGAGAAUUCUGUUAAUAUUUCAUGGCAGUACGUGUUUAGUUUCGUGUCGUAUCUGUUGUCAGUGUCUACAUUGUCCGGAUUGAGUGGGGAAAACAAAACGUAGCGACCCAAAAACCACCCUCAAACAUUUUGCCUGGAUGAAAGAAGCGAAGAGCCUCAAGAAUUUCCAUAACAACUCCACCUUCGUUCACCGCUAAAACAUGUGAAUGAAAUCCUGGCAAUCAUUUAACAAGUUUUAUCCUUAGACACACAAACACACACACACACUCACAGACUGAAUAUUCCUUCUUCUCUUCAUAUUUUUGUGGUGGGUUGUAAUCACUUAACGCUCUCAAAAACGUUCGCAUUUCUUCUUCCUUACAAGAGACUCCAUUAUUUUACCGUUAUAUAUGUGUAUAUAGUUAUUUAUAUAUAUGUGUGUGUAUAUUUAUAUAUAUAUGUAUGUAUGUAAUAUAUAUAAAGUAAUGGUGUGAGUGUCACAAGUUCUCUCUCAGUCAAAGAAUCUCUUAAACCAAUCUCUCGAAGCAAAAAUACUUGCUUUCGUUUAUCUUGCUUACAUGUUAAAAACCCAUGUUGUAUAUAUGUAGUUAUAUAGAUGUAGAAUAAUAAUAUAUGUCUACACAUAAUAUAUGUUUAUACGACUUAUCUUUAACUUGUUCGCCAAAAAAUAUUUCCUCCCUGAACACGUAAAACAUUAAAUGUAUUUUGUGGUGUAUUAAGAGAUUUCAUUAGAACUCCAAUUAAAAGAAACCUCCACAAUAAUAAACAGUAAUAAUAAUUAUAAUUAUUAUUAUUAAUUAACAUGAAAAUCUACCUGUUUCGUAUAUGUUUGCAAAGAUCAUGUUGGUGAGGAGAGUAAAAGAAGUGAGGCCGUUCUGUUUUUUAUGCUUUAUACCCUGAAUGAGUGGAACCGUAGUCAAAAUGGACUUGGCAAGUGCAGGCCCCAUCGUGUUGCACACAUUAACAAAUGCUUGCAGCCAGAAUGCUGAUGUUCUCAAACCUGCUGUGCACCAGUUAAAGCAAUGGGAGACCAGUCCUGGAUUUUACACUAUUCUGUCGACAAUCUUUCAAAAUCAUGAGAUUGAUUUUAAUAUACGAUGGCUGGCUGUACUCUACUUUAAGAAUGGUAUUGAACGAUACUGGCGGCGAAAUGCUCCCAAUGCCAUAGCAGAAGAAGAGAAGAAUGCUCUAAAGAAGCGUCUAAUAGAUAACUUCAAUGAGCCUGUACCACAGGUUGCUACCCAGCUUGCUGUCCUUAUUGGUAAGAUAGCUCGUAUGGACUGCCCGAGGUAUUGGCCUGAGUUAAUCCCCACACUGUUAAUGGUUGUGCGUUGUAAUGAUAGACUGCUACAAGAACGUUCCCUCCUUGUGCUGCAUCAUGUCAUUAAGUCGCUGGCUUCAAAACGUCUCAUGGCUGACCGCAAGCUCUUUGAAGAAGUAGCGGACAACUUGUUUUCAUUUGUGCUGAACUUGUGGAAUACGCACAUGGAGACCUUUCUGCAGCUUGCGUCAAAGUACGAGGAUGGUCUAUUAGAAUCCUUGGACAAAAGUAUUUUAGGGCUCAAAGUUUUAAGAAAAUUGGUUUGUUUUGGAUUCAAGGAUCAGCAACUUCCCACUGAUGUCAUUGUAUUUAUCAACAUGAUAUUUUCAAGACUGGAUCCGUUUUUAGAAUGUAGGCGUAAUCUCUGGGGGAAUCAGCAGAUGGUUGAAAAAUGUGAGAAAUUAAUUUUACUGAUGACAAAAGUGCUGAUAGAUAUGUUGGAAGUUCAUCCUCUCUCAUUUGUCCAGUUUAUACCAACAACUUUGCAGUUUGUAGCAAGGUACAACUUUGUGGAUACUGGUGAAAGUCUCCAUUUCCCUCACUUUACUGUAAAUUGUCUGAAUAUGCUGAAAAUUAUUGUACACACUGAUAGUUACAAAGUUGAUACUCGAAAAGAAAAGAUAAAUCCGGCUUCGGUGGAAGCUCACAAACUAAAGAUGGAAACUCUCACUCCAAGUACCCUCACCGAGGUUUGUUGCUAUCUUAUAAACCGUUAUUUUCUGCUGUCUCCAGAAGAUCUUCAAACAUGGGAGUCUGAUCCAGAGUCAUUUUGUCAGGAUGAAGGUGGAGAUUCAUACAAGUUCUCACUAAAGCCUUGCACGGAAGUUUUGUUUCUGUCACUGUUCAAAAACUUCCACAGUACGUUGGCACCCGUUCUGCUUGAUAUGGUUCAGAAUGUCCAAGGCCCAUGUGGCGUCGAUGAUAUGGCAGCAAUUUUACGAAAGGAUGCUGUGUACAACGCAGUAGGAUUGGCAUCCUUUGACCUUUUUGAUGACAUAGAUUUUGACCAGUGGUUCACUAGCCAUUUAAUACCUGAACUACAGAACAAACAUACAAAUUACCGAAUUAUACGUCGUCGUGUGAUAUGGUUGGUGAGCCAGUGGGUUGGUGUAAAGUUGUCGGUCUCGUUGAGAGCAACCCUGUAUGAAACUAUACUUCCAUUAUUGCAAGAGAAAGAGGAUUUGGUCGUACGACUUGAAGCUGCAAACACACUCAGGACUGCUGUAGAUGACUUUGAAUUUAAUACUGAGCAGUUUUUGCCAUAUUUAAGUCCCUCCUUCAGUCUUCUCUUCCAACUGCUGAGAGAGAUAAAGGAAUGUGAUACUAAGAUGCAUGUUCUUUAUGUGAUAUCGUUUGUUAUUGAGCGUGUUGGCGCCCAGAUCCGUCCAUAUGCUGACCAGCUUAUACUUUAUUUACCACUUCUCUGGGAUUCCGAUCAUAAUAUGUUACGAUGUGCAAUCCUUACAACUCUAAUCCGCUUAGUUAAGGGUCUCGGCACCAGCUGCAACACGCUGUAUGAUUUCCUGAUUCCUGUGAUUCGCCUUAGUACCGAUGUCACCCAACAGUUCCAUGUCUACUUGAAGGAAGAUGGACUUGAUCUUUGGCUAGAAACUUUACAUAAUUCACCAGUUAUGACUCCAGGACUGCUGGACUUGUUCACUGCAAUGCCAGCAAUACUGGAGUUUGGAAAUGAGGACCUGAAAGUGUGUCUUAAGAUAGUUGAAGCUUAUGUAGUUCUAGGACAAAAAGAAUUUAUGCAGAGAUUUUCCCAGGACAUUGUGAUGUCAUUUUCCAGUCUGAUAACAGAUAUCAGAACCGAUGGAAUCUUGCUGAUAUUAAAGGCAGUUGAACUAAUUUUCCAAUCAUUCCCCUUGGAAGCUCCUCAAGUGUUCCAACCUCUGCUUUCCCACAUUUUCAAAACUACCUUAGAGAAUAACGGGUUGAUAAAAAAAAAAAAAGAAAAGGAAUUGGUUACUGUGCUAUCAAUGCAACUGUAUAUCCUUGGCCGUGUCCUUCUGCAGAAUCAGGAGUAUUUCUGGUCAUUCCUUGCACAGGAGUCUGCUAAAAUGGACAAAGAGAGUCGGACAUUACUUGGCAUGUUACUGGAUUUGUGGUUUGAGAAGAUGGAUUCCAUAACCAAACCUGAGCACCGCAAGUUAUCAGCCCUGGCGUUGUCUUCACUACUUACCAUGAACUUGAGCCCUAUAACAGAGAGAUUUUCUGGAAUCCUGAAUGUGUGUGUUGAAGUUCUACAUGACAUUUGUCGUGCUGACUGCGAUACGGGAAAGCAGACAGAUUGUCUUGUUAUUGGGGAAGAAGAAGAUGCUGAGAGCACUGAAGAAAACACAGAUACAGAGCAUGAAAAACGAAAGCAAAUGUUGUUGCGCCACGAUCCAGUGCAUGCAGUGUCUCUCAAAGAAUUCGUAGUCUCACAGCUGACCAUAUGCCAGCAGCUCCAUGGUCAGUUACUGUUUGACCAACUUAUGGCCAACGUAGACAAAGAUAUACUCAUACAGCUACAAGAGUUAACUUCCUGAACCCCUGAACCUCCUCAACCCUUCACCACUACACCACACUGCUUAUUAGCCAUUUCUUCCACCCUACCCUUGUCUUCUGCUAUCUUCUCGUUUUCUCCUCCUUUUUUCUGCUAUUUGUUUUCUCUCCUUUCUUCUUCAAUCUUCUCGUUGUUGUUGUUGUCCAUCCCUUACUACGAAUCCCAUGCAACAUAAAGCCCCCGUCUCCCCCCAAAAAAAUGUUUUGUGCUCAAGUAUGGCCACGGUCAAAUGACUGAAACAAGUGACAGGUAAGAUAUGAAGGGUUUUUAAAAAUUUUCCGUUUGAGGAAAACGAAGGGAAAAAGAUAUCUACAUUACAACCACCACCACCACUACCACCCUCAACAACAAACAACGCAAGGUCAAAGAAGAUCCCUUUCUUCUGCUAAGUCUAUGG